UGCCACCGACGACUUUAACCACGGCGUGGUCCUUAGCAACCGGCCGCUGCGGAACGGCGAGGUCUUCCAGGUGAGGAUUGACAAGAUGGUGGACAAAUGGGCCGGCUCCAUCGAGAUUGGCGUCACCACCCACAACCCGACCUAUCUGCAGCUGCCGUCCACGAUGACCAACUUGCGGUCAGGCACCUGGAUGAUGACCGGGAACGGCGUCAUGCACAACGGAACCACCAUCCUGGAUGAAUACGGCCACAACCUGGAUCGCUUAAAGGCAGGAGACACGGUGGGCGUCGUGCGGAAGGAGGACGGGACCCUGCAUUUCUUCGUCAACGGGGUGGCCCAGGGGCCAGCUGCCUGGAACGUCCCGCCGAACAUCUACGCCGUGGCCGAUCUCUACGGUCAAGCCGCUCAGGCCACGAUUGUGGAUGACACAGGGGAGAGUCACAGAACCCCGACACACGGCGACCGUCGUAAGUACACGCCAGUUGCCAAAGGGCCUCUUCGGGACGGAGAACUGUUCGAAAUCGUGAUCCAGAAGAUGGUGGAUCGUUGGUCCGGCUCCAUUGAAGCAGGAGUCACUGCAAUCCGUCCCGAGGACCUGGAAUUCCCCAAUACGAUGACGGACAUCGACUACGAUAGCUGGAUGCUCAGCGGCACGGCAAUUAUGCAGGACGGGAACACCGUGCGUAACAAUUACGGCUGCGACCUGGACUCGCUGACCACCGGCUCGCGCAUCGGCAUGAUGCGGACGGUGAAAGGAGACCUCCACUACUUCAUCAACAGCGUGGACCAGGGGGUGGCAUGCUCUGGGCUGCCCCCAGGGAAGGAGGUCUACGCUGUGGUGGAUCUCUACGGCCAGUGCGUCCAGGUGUCCAUCACCAGCUCCACGGGGCCUCUGGACAACAGCCUCUCCACCAGCAACAUCACGGAGAAAUCCUUCCCCAUCCACUCGCCAGUCCCCGGCGUGGCCCACCGUUUCCACAGCUCCUGUGGCAAAAACGUGGCCUUCCAGGAGGACGGCUGCCGGGCGGUUCGCGUCUCCGGUUUCUGCCACGGCAUCGUUUUCAGCAUGAAGGAACUGAAGACGGACGAAAUAUUUGAGGUGAAGAUUGACGAGGUGGACGAGAAGUGGUCCGGAUCGGUCCACGUGGGCUUGACCACGCUGCUGCCCUCGGAUGCCUCCUCCAUGGCCACGGGGCUGCCCUCUUCUCUCCUGGAGCUGCGUUCCAAGGUGACCUGGCUAGUGACGGGAUCGGAGGUCCGGCGUAACGGCGUCCUGCAGAAGCAGAAUUACGGCUGCUCUCUGGAGCGUCUCGCGAUGCACCAAGCUAAGAUGAAGCACACAGGAAAGUGCUUCAUCUAUAGAGUGGUUCUUCCGAUAGAUCAAGCUGAUGAUACAGCAGCAACAUGGGUGGGGACCACUCCAAACCAACCCCGAAACCUGCAGUUCGAAAGGAAAACUCCUUCCCUGGGGGUAAAAUUUGAUGGGAACCUGAAAAAAAUGGGGUUCUUUGUGGCACAUGUGAUCACCUACAUGCAAGAAUAUGGGUGUGAUUUUCAAAACCGAGCCCGAGUGCGAGUGAUCACCCUAGCCAUGGAAGGAGCUGCCAGAUGGAUGGUAACUUUACAAGAUGCCGAUGCACCAGAACUGCAGGACUUUGAUUGGUUCAUGAUAGCCCUGCGACAAUGGUUCAAGGAUUCCCUCGCAGACCGCAAAGCACGCGACCACAUUAAAGUUGUGAAGCAGGGACACCAGCCAGUGGCAGAGUAUACUGAAGAAUUCUGA